AUGAGGACUUCUCCCCUCCAGCAUGUGGUCAGAGGAUCCUGGGCCCAUUUCCCGGUGUGAGUGUCCUGAUCCAAGCAGGUAACGGUUCAGACACAACGCCAAACCAAUGCCGUCGGGAAUUAUUAUCGCGGGAUCGUCGGAAAUACCGCCAUUCAUACAAAACAAAGACUCGGGCGGUGGCGGAGUGUGGGCUGACCACGGCCGCUUCUCCCCUCAGUGGGAUGUGGGGUUGGCGAUGUCUGACAAGAUUCCCAAACAGGAGCCGGGGCUUAGUGAAGGUGACCAUGGCGACGAGGGGGACCUGGACGACCCUGAGCUGACGGCCAUCAGGAUGCGCGUGCGGGAGAUGGAGGAGGAGACGGAACGUUUAAAGGAUCUGAUGACAGACGAGACAAACAGUCCCAUGACCGAAAGUAGAGAAGAUUCUCUUCCUUACACCCACCGCCGAGCUGGAGGCGCAAGUUUGCGGCAGGUCCCUAGAGCGCGCCAUGCUGGACCCAACUGGCCGGUCCCAUUUCGCCUGCCGUUCAUGGAGAGAAAUUCGCCCUUCUAUGGGCAGCCUAAAGGUCUUCCUCAACCUGUGAGCGCAGAAGAGAAGCGGGAGGCCGAUAAACGCUCUGUAUAUGUUGGCAAUGUGGAUUAUGGAGGAACAGCCCAGGAUCUAGAAUCUCACUUCGGCAAAUGCGGCUCCAUCAACCGAAUCACCAUUCUGUGUGACAAAUUCUCCGGCCACCCUAAAGGCUAUGCAUAUAUUGAAUUCACAGAAGAACACUCGGCAGAGGCUGCCACAGAACUGGACGAAAGCGUGUUCCGUGGCCGGACGAUCAAGGUUCUUCCCAAGAGAACAAACGUUCCAGGAAUCAGCACUACUGACAGGGGUAACUUUCGAGGAAGGUUCAGGGGACCCAGAGGAAGCCUUCCCAGGGGACCGAGAUCCAGAGGACCGAUGUCCAGAGGGCAGUAUUCCAGAGGACAGAUGCCCAGAGGGCAGGCAUACAGAGGACGUGGAAGAUCGGGUUGGUGGAAUAAUCCACGCUGAAUGUUGUAUAGACAAUCUACCGAUGGUGGCUGUCCAGCGCCAGGAUCAGGCAUGCAGAAGAAGUUCUAGAGCCCUGCCGUUACAUGAAUGGAGAUUUUUCAGAACCUCUAUGAACCAGUAAAUCUGGAUUAGCCGUCAUGUUGUUGGUUUUUGGCACAGACUUUGAUGUUCAAGAAUUGCUUGCACUUAUAGAACUAAAGUUUUUGAAAAUUGAUACUACAGGUUUGUUU